UAAACAAAAGCCGGCUAUAAUUUAGGCGCUAGCAAAAAGAUACGAAAAAAUCGAAUUUAAGCUUAAUAAAAGUAUCAGAACGCCCUAAACGUAACAACUUGGCCAACACCAUGACUGGUGAUAGUGAAAUGCGCAACAACAGCACCAAUGAGAACAAUGGAAGUGCUAUUGAUGUUGAACAUUACCGAAGACUGGUAAAGCAAUUCUGUGAUAUGCGUCGCUAUCAGACCGCAUUGUUUUGGGCGGAAAAAGUCUGUUGUCUGAGUCAAAAUGAUCCCAAAGAUGUGUAUUGUCAGGCACAAUGCAUGUUUUUGUUAAAGGAAUAUCAUCGUGCUGCCCAUACCAUACGUUUGCACAAGUUGGAGAAGACUCAUAUACCCUGCUAUAAUCUGUUGCUGGAAAGCCUUUAUGAGGCCAAGGAGUUUAAUGAGGCUAUUGUUGUCAUUAACACUGUGGAUAUAGAAUAUUUGGCUUCAUCGUUGAUUAAUCAACCUUUGGAUGGUGUGGGCAUGGAAGGACCAAGCAUGUUGUUUGGUGAGGAGAGUGUUAAAAAUGAAAUUUUAGCCUCUAUUAGCUUUCUAAAGGGCAAAAUAUAUGAGGCUAUGGAUAAUCGUGGACUGGCCAUGGAUUAUUAUGUGCAAGCACUACACAAGUCGGUCUAUUGCUUUGAGGCCUUAGAAGCCUUGGUGCAACACGAAAUGCUAAUGGCUUGGGAAGAAAAGGAACUUAUGCAGCACUUGCCUCUGGAGCUGCAGUCCUCUGAACCCGAUGCCAAGUUCAUUACAAAGUUGUAUGAAACUAAACUUAAGAAAUAUUAUGAAUCCAUAGGACCUCACACUAAUGCCGAACAGACACCUAUUGGUAACAUGAGCACUUUGAAAUCUAUAAAAGAGUUAAAUGAAAAAAUCCAAAUGACACGAAACUCUGAUGCAAGCAUACAUAAGAAUAUAUUGCCAAAAAUAAUGACGCCAACACAUGGUCAAAUCAUGUCACCUGCCAAUAAGGUUCUAGAAGAUUUGAAAAUUCCACCAUUUUCCCUGCAAGUCAGCCUGACACGAGCCUCUUCGCUCAUCAAUGACUCACAACGUUCCCAUUCGGAUACACCAAACCGAAAUCGUUCCAAAGAUAAUGCCGAUAGCCCGGGUGCAAUGUUGCUAACCACUUGCAUGCAACGCAUACAAAAGAGUACAGACAUUAUGGCCGCCGAAGCUGAAAAACUUUUCUACGAUUGUGAAUACAAAAAAAGUUUCAAGAUCCUCAAUGAGUUACUUAAGAUUGAUCCCUAUCACAAUGCUGCCUUGACAGUGCAAAUUGGUUGUUUGGUUGAAUUUGGAGACUAUAAUAAAUUAUUUUAUGUAGCCCACAAACUUGUUGAUAGAUAUCCCGACAAAGCAAUUUCAUGGUAUGCCGUUGGCUGCUACUAUGACUUAAUUGGUAAAAGUGAUCCUGCCAGACGUUAUCUAUCGAAAGCAACAUCUUUAGAUAGACUAUAUGGGCCAGCUUGGUUGGCCUAUGGUCACUCUUUUGCAAAGGAAAAUGAACAUGAUCAGGCCAUGGCUGCUUAUUUCAAAGCUACACAACUUAUGCGCGGCUGCCAUUUACCUCUUCUCUACAUAGGUGUAGAAUGUGGUCUAGUUAAGAAUCUGGAGCUGGCAGAAAAGUUUUUCUAUCAGGCCAUGUCUAUAGCACCAUUGGAUGUUUUUGUCCUACAUGAAUUGGGUGUCAUAAAAUAUGAAUACGAAUUCUAUGAAAGUGCCGAAGAGGUGUUUCGCACAACCGCCGAUAUUGUUACAAAUAGGGCGAAACAUAAUAAAGAAGAAGUUUCGUCCAGAUGGGAACCACUGUUUAACAAUUUGGGACAUUGUUGUCGCAAGAAUAAGAAAUACAAGGAAGCUUUGGAAUAUCAUCAAUACGCUCUACUCUUAAAACCCCAAUCAUCUCAAACGUAUACAGCCAUCGGUUUCGUAUAUGCCCUUAUGGGUGAUCUGGAAGAAGCCAUAACAUAUUUCCACAAAAGUUUAGCGCUAAAUCGAGAUUGCAUUGUCACAUCGACCAUUUUAAAGACAUGCAUUGAAGAUUUCAUGGAUGAAGAUUCCAUUAUCGAUGAUAUCUAUGGCAAGAAGUGCGAUAAUAAUUCCUUUUAUAAAAUCUCCAAAAAUGUCUGUCAUUUUCUGCCAAUCGAAGAGGAAGAAUCACCCACCGUUAAAUUCACUGGCAUGAAAUUAAAAUUCGAUGAUGAGGAUAUAUCAACAAAUUCGGAUAAUAUCGAUUCCAAUGUUGUUAUGGAUAUGAGUAUGGAUAUUUAAGAAAACUUGGAAGAGGCUACAAGAAGAAAGAAAGCAGCGGACUGAGAUUUCAUCAACAACAGGGUAAGAAAAUACGAGUUAAACUAAUUUAUUUAUUAAUAUCUGAUGGAAAACUGUGAAAAAAGAGAAGAAGCAAUUAACUGUUAGCCCAUAUUAAGUGAACAGAUUAAAGUGUUUCAGCACUAUCCAUAGAAGAAGAGUACCAGCUUCUAAUGCUACUAAACCUACAUAGAAUUUAAGUUUUGUUUAAUAAAAAAUUGUCACAUGUUUUUUCUUAGCCAUAAA